AUGAGAAGUGAAGAAGAUGCUGGAAAUGUAGGAAUCACUGAAGAAGUUGAAGAAAAGGAAGAAUGCAACACAAUCGUAAUGGAGAAACGGAAGAAAUAUUUCCAAAUUUUGUCAAGUGAACAAAAGGACACACAUUCGGAUGAUCGUAUAGAACAACCCCAACUGAAUCAUGGGGGGGUGUUCCCCGAAGAUACAUCACCACAUUCCCAAGAAGAGGAGGAAGAAAGAAAGAAGCAAAAACGAGAUAAAAAAAAGGAUGAUAGUUAUCCCCUCCUCGUAGUAAACAAAAAGGGGACAAUACCAAAGGAUGAUGAUCGUGCAAAGAAUCAAAUGCUCACAACAGAAGAAGUAAUAAACAGCCCCGAGGAAACAUCUCGAAAGGGAUGCCUGCUAAAAGGUGAAAGAAAAUAUCUGCUCGCGCUGAAAAGCAUAAUUAGGACAAGGGAUGGUCGGCACGCAAACGGCGCGAAUGGGGAAAGUGGUAAUCACAGCGGUGGAUGCUUCGACCGCGGAAGCGACAACCACAGAAGAUACAGUUACUUCGCAAAGAACACCCCGCGGGACGAAACCGUAAAUGCAGAAAUGCACUCCCAUGUAUUAAUGGACAAGUCGAAUGGCAAUAGGGGCUCCGCAUGGACCCCCAAUGUGGAGAAAGACCCGUGUGUAGAAGCCAGUCAGGGAGAGAAGAGCGAAGAAAGCGCAAGGAGAAAGAAAUGGAACUUUAGGCGCAGGAUUAUUGGCAGGAUUGGACACAGAGCGAAGGGGGAAGAUGUGUGUGAGGAGGCCAACAAAGCAGCGCAACCAACGAUUCAAUCAUCGACGCGGUCAUCCACGCACCACCCUGCUAACCCAUCCACCGAGGAAAACAAUUUUGUCGUAUACAAAGUGCCAAGGUACCUGAAGAAAAAAAACAUCAAGUGCCCUUUCGUCUACAGGAAGGUCUUCUUUGGAAAAUACGGAAUAAUAAAUUAUGAUUUGAAAGGAAACAAAAAGGGCACGCUCGUCAUAACAUUUCAUGGACUGAACGGAACAAACUUAACUUUCCUCGACAUACAGAAAACGCUAGUCAAAUAUAAGUACCAGGUUCUCAACUUUGAUUUGUAUGGGCAUGGAUUAUCUGCCUGUCCCAAAUAUAAUCACCGAAAAAAAACCUACGGAAUAAAUUUUUUUUUAACACAGACGGAGGAAUUGCUUACCCAUUUAAAAUUACUACAUAAGGAUUUUUAUCUGAUAGGUUUUUCCAUGGGCUGCGUAAUUGCCAUCAGCUUUGCAAAGAAGUAUAUAAAACAGGUGAAGAAAAUUAUUUUGAUAUCCCCUGUUGGCAUUUUGGAGAAAAAGCCCUUUGCCCUAAAGGUUCUAAAGUUGUUCCCCUUCCUGAUCAACAUUUCCUCCUUUUUUAUGUUGCCUUGUUUUAUUUCCAAGAAAAAUUUUAAGAAAGCGCCCAAAGGUGCUUCUAAGAAGAGGCAAAAAAGUGGCAACAAAGAGGACCCCCAGUGUGACACCAAUGAUGCCUAUAAAGAUGCUACAGACAAAUCGCUCGAACAGGAUACCCAAGACGACUCCGAUAACGACACUUCCGACUACCUGUACAACCGAAUCAUGUGGCAGGCUUUUGUGAAAAAAAAUAUCACCCAUUCAAUAUUGGGCUGCAUUAACAACUUAAAAAUGUGGAGUGCGCAUGACAUAUUCAAAGAAGUCGGACUGCAUCAUAUACCCGUCCUAAUUCUCUGCGGAGAGAAAGACAACAUCUGUAGCGUCCACGUUUUCAAGAAUACGUCCAAAUUUUUCAUCAAUUGCCACAUGAUAAUUUUUAGGAAUGCCUCUCAUUUAGUUUUGGUAGAGAAGAGCAAAGAAAUUAACUCCUGUGUGUUGACAUUCUUCCACUUCCCCAACAACGCUGAUUUGAAGACCGUCCAUCACAUGUUUCCUGUGGACACUCUGGGGAAUUCCGUCCUCUGUCAGCGGGGCGACCUUUUAUGA